GUCGGAGUUUGCAGGUUCGAAUCUGUUUCAAACAACAUGUUUUCUAAGGAAAUAUGUUGUGCCGUUCUGUUGUGUGUAGUUUUCAACGGAUCAGCAUUUAAACUAUAUGAUGCCGAACUGCUACUAAGAAGCAAACCAAAUACAAACUUGACUGGCGGCGAGCUGGAAGAGGUGUUGAACAUCGACCCGGGCGGCGAGUACACCACUAUGAACUUCAAGUAUGAACGCGACCAGUACCUUGGUGUGUACGAUGACAAUAGGAAGGUCGAGCGAUGCUAUAGCGACCAUGUCAGGUGUUUGACAACCAUAAUGGCCGCUUCUCGACCUGUCUGCGCAACGGACGGAAAGAGACGAAGUGAGUUCGGCUCCCUGUGCGAUGUGUACCUGGAGAAUUGCAACGACAAGGAAGCCGUGUGGCACAUAAUCGAUAGCGGGAACUGUUCUAGAGCCGAGAAGAUAUUUACAUAUAAUUUUACUUCCACACCAAAAGGGUGA